AUGGCUCAAGUGCGUGCUGGGAGUAUCGCUGGUGCUGGCGCAUCUCCGCACAGCAUCAGUCUGAAAGUAUUGAGGCUAUCACAUCCGUCGCUAUCACCCGCUCAUACGCUUCCCGGAACCGAUUCCAUUGCAAAAGCAUCACUACCCUAUCCAACCGCGACGCCAGAUUCAUUCCCGCUUACGCCGCUACUGGCACUGCCUCCUGCGUUUGGCGCUGCAUAUGUUGGCACCGUCUUCUCUUGCACGUUAUGCGCGAACAACGAAUUGCCGCCCUCAUCUCCUAUCGUCGUGCAAGAUGUCCAACUAAGUGCCGAACUCCAAGUGCCGAGUGGCAGCAUUGCGUUGGCUUUGGAAGGUCCUGAUGCACCAACGGAACAAGACAUGCAACCGGCCCAGACUUUGCAGCGCAUUGUAAAACAUGAAUUACGAGAAGACGGUCCUCACGUUCUGGCCGUCACUGUCACAUACCAGGAAACUCGAGAUGACAUGACGAAUAAGCGAACAUUCAGAAAACUGUAUCAAUUUGUCGCGCAGCCUGCACUUGGCGUUAGAACGAAGGUAGGAGACCUCGCAGCCAAGAAGGAUACACAAGACGCGCGCAGAUUUGUAUUAGAAGCCCAACUUGAAAAUCUGACCGAGAAAUCGGUUGUUUUGGAGAGGGUCUCCAUUAGCACGGCUCAGGGCCUGACAGGCAGGAGCCUGAACUGGAACGAGGCUGACGAUCGACCGAUCUUAAAUCCUCAAGAUGUUAUGCAAGUUGCCUUUACUCUGCAACAAGUACAGGGCGAGCAGCUGGAAGAGAAGAACGGCAGGACAGUCCUCGCGCAACUCCACGUCGACUGGAAGAGCCAAAAUGGGGAAAUGGGCAGCUUGACCACAGGUUGGCUGGCCAGUAGAGCCAGAUGA